AGACCAGGACUAUUUAUGUUUCUCCAUUCCGGUUGCCAUCAAAGCUACUAUCCGUUGCUAUUAUUCAAAGCCAAAAGCAAACUAGUUAAAGCUACAUCAUUACUUCUGUGUGUUGGAAACAAGUGUCGGACCCAACAAGGAUAUGUUCUGAAUCACUUGUUUAGUUGAAAUAGUUUAACUGGGCCCGGUGUCUUGCAUUGCGUUGACUACUACACUACGAAUAGGUUAUCCAUUAUGCAUUGAGGUUUGGCGGCCUCCUUUUCUUUUUAUUGACGGGUAGUGACAGUUGAAGAUGCCUCCGUCUUCUGGGGAAUUAUGGGGCCAUCAUGUUAUGCCCUCAUCUGUUAUUGUGGAUUGCUUGAUGCCAAAUGGGAUGUUAAUUCAAUUGGCACGUGUAAGAGAUGCACCACGAAAUGUCAUCAAAGGUGACUUGUGGAGAGAGCUAAGAAACACCCACUUUUCUUUCUCCUUGGAAAUCCAUCCACAUAUAUUUUUGUCUCAAUUUCACAUGAUGAAACCCAAGAAUUUUUACCAAAGCGACAUCUGAUUUGUCAGUACAAGCGAAAGGCGAGAUCCCUCAGCUUUGCCUCUAUUCUCGUCGUGACGUAUAUGCGACCCUUCCCAAAAACACAUUGCAUAUACCCCAAACAGUCAAAGAGGUUGAAAUUUCAACAACCAAUACGCCAGACACUACCCAUCCGAUCCAUAUCUGAACAUUAAACGAGUUCGUAACAGGAAAUUCAACGGAAACAAGGUCCACAAUCGAUGAAGCACAAACCAUAUCAUCCAUAACAGCACCAGUCGACCAUGGCAGCACGCCCAUGUCGCUCAAAGACAUGGAUGAACAGCACGCCCAAUGCAGACAAAUCAUACGAAACAUUCGACCUAAAGAUCUAUAAAACGAAAUUCGUGUGAGAGAGCAACACAGUCAAAAUUUUUGCGACAAAGGAAAGCCAACGCGAAGAUGCUUUUCCGAGUGCUCGUUUACAUAGCAUUUUCUGUACUUACGUUUACCCCUGCAAUAUCUGUUGUGCGGAAUUCCUCCGGACAUGCUGUUGGAUAUACAGACUUUUUGUACCAGCAACUCCUUUACUUGGCUCAGAGGUUAAAAUUUACGUAUAAAAUAUCCGUCAUUGGCGAGAACACGAAUGGAAUCAAACGCAAUGGAGCGUGGACUGGUAUAAUUGGAACCCUUUUAAGAGAAAGUCAUUCUUUCACCAAAAUGCAUUCCUUUUCCCCGUACAAGGAAGCUGAUUUUGGUUUAGCACCAAUGGCCAUUUCUCUGGAGCGAUAUGAAGCUAUCGAAUUUUGCGGGCCAAUCACUGGAGACUCAACCGGCAUACUCGUGAAAUAUCCGGAGCCAAUUGUUUCUUCUACUAGUGCCAUUGAGGUGUUCUCUACUGGAGUCUGGAUCGGAUGGAUCGUAUCUGCAGCAGCAGUUGUUGGCAUUUCCACGGUCUUAACUUGCACUUCAAAAAAAUUACGCAUUGAAGCUGGCGAAACGAGCGCAGUAAGCACUAAAACCUUUUCUUGGUAUUUGUACGGUGUUCUCAUUUCUCAAGGGAGUCGCCUACCGUCUAGCCCAUCGCCACAGAAACUUCUCGCAGCGACUUGGUGUAUCGUGGCUUUUGUCUUUGUCAACAUUUACAAUUCCACGUUGACGUCUUACAUGUCGGUCACGUACCAAAGACCCACAAUCAACUCCUUCAGUGAUUUGGCAGCUAGUUCAACUUUCAAGGCCACCGUAUUAACUGGAUCCAUUCAAGAUAUUGAUUUAUUGCGAGCCACUACGGGAGUUCAGAAAAUUCUCGCCGACAAAAUUCGAAAAUGCUCACCAGAUUGUAGGAAAUUUAAUCUGAAUGAAAUGUUUUCACUGGUGUUGGGUGACGAACCUUACGUUACGAUAGUGCCAGUGACAGUUGGCAUAGCAGCUUUGAAAAAACACAACUUGCAAAGAGAAAAAUGUCGCCUAGCUAUGGCCCACGAGACAAUGUCAUGGAAGCCGAUGUUCUGUGCUGUCCCAAAAACAAGUCCUUACAUAGAAGAAAUUAACAGAGAGUCAUUGUGGUUCAUAGAUACUGCAUUAUUUGACUAUUGGCAUGCCCAAUAUUUAAAGAAGCCUUUACAAUGUCGAUUGAACUACAACAGUAAAGGUGUUUCGACCAAGACAUUCAAAAACCGCGUCGUACUGAAGCAGUUCUACCUGCCAUUCUUAAUUCUGUUUUGCGGUUAUUUUCUGGCUUUUCUUCAGUUUUUGAGAGAAAAAAUACUUUUUUCUUUCCAUUUUUGAUGAUGAUUCUCACUUGGCAGUGUCGGUAAGGUGUCACUUUGAGGAUUGAAACAUAUUCUGUGCUUGCCACGAUUGUAAAAGGUAAACGUAACUCAUUUAUAAUAGGUCACAUAGGUUAAAUAUUGAUCAUCAAGGAUAAAACAUUAGGUUACAUUUGUUAGAGUAAUACACAUUAGUACGAAAA